AUGAUGGACUUCAACUAUCCCGAAUUCUCCCCUCUUGCCCAUCCAUCUAUCUCCAUACUGCCUGAGCCAUCUUUUGAAUCUGCGGAUCCUCUUCCAUGUACCUAUCCCAUACACUGUCCUACUUCGGCCGUUGUGCCUGGCUUUGCUAUACCUUCUGCCUCAAAAUCGAUUUGUCUCGAUCUGUGUUGCUUCAACCAGAAUGCCGUACACCAAUCUCUAGUCGAUAAUGGCUGUGCAGAUACAUCCCCAGUGGCAGGGUAUCUCAGCCCUAGCCAUGACAUCGCUAGCACCAAUUCACCGGCAUCUACUCCAUCUGUUCAAAAGGCAUCUCGGGUCAAAUCUACUAGCCAUGGCCAUGCCAAGGGAAAGACAGCUUCUGGUCGCAACCAAAGACAGCAGAAGAAACAAGAGUGA